CUCAUAGCUGCCACAGGGAGGUCCUCCAUCACUGAUUCCCAGAAGCAGCAGAUGAUGGAGAUGUAGUGGUGCUGAUGGUGUGGGAAGGAGGUGAGGAUGACGGCAGCCGUCCCCUUCAAUCUGAGCACCACAUCUAAAUCAGUGUGUGCUCGUUUGAUUGCUCUCUGGGUUCUGCUUUGCCCCAGGGGAUACGACUGCACAGUGUGUGUUUGUAUGUGUAUGUGAAGGUCAUACAGAGCAGGGCUCUUCUGACCAUCAGUCUCUCAGCUGUUCAUCAUGAAUAAGCCACAAAUGAAAGAGAUGCACACUUUUGGGGAGCGGAAGGAAACCUGUAACCAGUCGAGUCCCAGCAAGAAACCUACACCGCCAAAGCCUCAGAAUGCCAUCACCCUUGCCGUGUCCUCCCGUGCCCUCUUCAAUAUGGAUCGAGAGCAGGACAUUUAUGAGCAGCAGGGAAUGGAGGAUUACCUCAAAUACCAGAUCCAACACGAGACUGAGCCAUUCACACCCGGACCUGCUUUCCCCUUCAUUAAGGCAGUGGAGGCAGUGAACACUCGACUCAGGGAGCUUUAUCCAGACAGUGAAGAGCUCUUUGAUGUGGUUCUGAUGACCAGCAAUCAUGCUCAUGUGGGACUUCGACUCAUAAAUUCAAUUAACCAUCACCAGCUGUUUAUAGAGCGCUUUUGUAUGACUGGAGGCAACAGUCCUAUUGGGUAUCUGAAAGCCUACCACACCAACCUUUAUCUGUCAGCUGAUUCAAGGAAAGUCAUAGAAGCCAUUGAAGAAGGAAUUGCAGCAGCUACAGUAUUCUCACCUGGAAAAAUCACAGAGGUGCCGGAGACUCAGCUGCGAGUGGCCUUUGAUGGAGACGCCGUUCUCUUCUCAGACGAGUCGGAGAGAAUCUACAAAGCCCAAGGACUGGAAAAGUUCUUUGAGCAUGAGAAAGCCCAUGAAAAUAAACCUCUUGAUCACGGACCACUUAAGGGGUUCUUGGAAGCUCUGGGGAAACUCCAACAGAAGUUCUAUGCCAAAGGUCAACGCUUGGACUGUCCCAUCCGCACCUAUUUGGUUACAGCUCGCAGUGCUGCCAGUUCAGGCACACGGGCCCUCAAGACGUUACGUUCCUGGGGUCUAGAGACAGAUGAGGCCCUCUUCCUAGCAGGAGCCCCUAAAGGCCCCAUGCUGGAAAAGAUCAGACCUCACAUCUUCUUCGAUGAUCAAAUGUUCCACGUGGAGGGAGCGGCAGAACUUGGGACUGUGGCGGCUCACGUUCCCUAUGGAAUUGCCCAGAAGCUUCAAUCAAAUAAAGCGAGGGAAGUAAAAAAAGACAUGUCAGCCAAGCAGCUAGAGUGAAUACUGCUCUGUCCAUCCUGGGUGUAAAGGUUUUUAAAGAGAUGGUUCAUCCCAAAAUGAAAAUUUUGUCAUCAUUUACUCACCUUAAAGGGAUAGUUUACCCAAAAAAUGAACAUUCUGUCAUUAAUUACUCACCCUUAAGUCGUUCCAAACCUGUAAAACGUUCCUCUUUGGAAAAUGAAUUAAGAUAUUUUUGAUGACUUCUGAGAGCUUUCUGACUCUCCACAGACAACAAGGGUCCUUCCAUGUUCAAGGCCCAGAAAGGUAACAAGAACAUUGACGAAAAAUAGUCUGAAUAGACAGAAAGCUCUCGGAUUUCAUCAAAAAUAUCUUAAUUUGUGUUCUGAAAUGACAGAAUUUUAAUUUUUAGGUAAACAACUCUGUUCCAAUCCUAUAUGAGUUUCUUCCUGCUGUUCAGCCCAAAAGAAGAUAUUCGGAAGAAUGUUGGUAACCAAACAGUUGGCGGCAGCCAUUCACUUACACAGUAUGGGGAAAAAAUACUAUGGAAGUCAAUGGGUACCGUCAACUGGCUACUGACCGUUUUUAGUGUUUCUUUAUAAUUGAUUACAUUCAGAAUGUAAGUAAAUACCCUAAAAAUAAAUUAAGACCCUCUCCACUGAAUACCAUAGUUUUGAGGUUGUUUACGAAGUUAUAUCAAGCCAUAAAUAAACACAGAAAGAAAACCGUUACGUGCAAUAUGUGUUAUUAAGUUAAAAUGUUACAUUUUCUGUUCUGAUGUAAUAGCAAAUGUUAUUUAAUUUAUCAUGCCACAGUCUAUCUGAAGCUAAAAUGCACCAAAUUCUUGUUGGAUAUCAGAAAUAUCAUCUUUAACACUUCUAUCCAUGCAUAUUUUUGCCGUUUGCCUUGUUCUAAAUGACCGUCUCUGUUGUUGUUUACCGUAAAGGGCUGUUUUACACUCUGUAUUGUAACUUUUAUGUGUGUAUAUCUGUUAUGCAGUAUUUUAAUCGAUCUGUGUUACUACUGUAUGUACAAAUUUGGUUCACUUGUUGCUGUGUUUAUCAUGGAUGUGAAAUCCUAUGUAUUACUCAGGGCAUGCUCAAGUGUUUUGCACUUAACACCAAUAAUAAAUAUGUUGAAAAAUAG